AUGUCUGUUCCAGCAGAAGUCAUCCAAAGCCUCCUGAAUGCAAAGAUCAAUCCAACAGCGAACGCACUCACACAGGGGAACGUGAGGCGCAUUCUGUGUGAGGGGACUGAGCUGGACAACUACAUCCAAUUCAUGAUCCGGGACGAGAGAGAAGCCUUUCAGAACGUCAGCUGCUCCUUGUCUCCGCAGCAGCUGAUUAACACACAACAAGUUCUGCUGCAAAAUCUGGAUGCUGGAAAAGUGCUCGCCGAGGUUCCAUCAAACCUAGGACUGGAUCCAUUGGCCACAGCUCUACUAAUCCAAAGCACCUCGAUGAAAGCUGCACGGGUCUUGGAGGCAUGGAGAGAGUUUCGGGAUUCUCAAAGCGUUGAAUCCGCUCUCUUGCUGGAUUUUCGCCGAGACAUGUUUGGAAGUUUUGACAAGCUAAUGUGUGGAAAGAAGCCGAACGUUACCGCCACCGGGAUUGUCCGCACACACAUUUCUCUGAGGGCAGGAGAGGACAUCUUCUCCGGUCUUUACGAUGAUUCUGCAAACAACAGCUCAGAUUUUUGUCAGACCCUGCGUGACAUCCUGCAGAACACUCCGCAGCUGCGCUACAUUUGGAGCACCUUCAAGCCGCUGGUGCAGGGAAAAGUCCUCUUCACGCCUGAUACGCCCAUGACUCGCCUCAUGAUGCAGGAAGCAAACAGCACGUUUAACACCUUGGCCAUGUUGAAGGAGAUUGCUGAUUCAUGGGAGGAUGAACUUGGCCCACGUGUGUACAACUUCCUUCAGAAUAGCUUUCAAGUCAAUUCAUUUCGGAGACUGUUGAAGAAUCCACUGUUUGCUGCGCUUGUGGACCAGCGUCUCAAUGGAACUGGCUGGACCUCAGAGUUACUGGCCAACUUCCUCUACAAUGGCCCCCCAGAAGACCGUCCCCCAGACAUGCCACAGUCUGAUUGGAGAGACAUGUACAAAACCAUUACUCAAAGCCUCAAACUCCUGUCAACAUUUAUUGGGUGUCUGGAGCUCGAUAAGUUUGAGGCGAUGCCAACGGAGGGAACUUUGGUCAGCAGAGCGUUGGAUCUCCUCGACAAUGAGACGUAUUGGGCUGGAAUUGUCUUUGAAACCGUCACUCAAAGCUCCACUGAGAUGCCGCUGUACAUGAAGUAUAAGCUGCGGAUGAAUAUCAAUGAAGUCGAGAGGACCAACAAAAUCGAGGAGAGGGGAUGGUCUCCUGGGGCCAGGGACAGCAGCUUUAACGACCUGCGCUAUAUAUGGGGCGGCUUCUCCUACCUGCAGGACAUGAUCGACCACGCCAUCAUCCGCCUGCACACGGGGAGGAACCAGACACUCGGGGUGUAUGCGCAGCAGAUACCCUACCCCUGCUACGUGGACGAUGAAUUCACGUCCAAUGUCGGCGCCAUCCUCCCCAUGAUCCUCGUCCUGGCCUUCAAUUACACCGUGUGCACGAUCAUCAAAAGCCUGGUGCUGGAGAAAGAGCUCCGCCUUAAGGAGAUCCUCCGAGCCAUGGGCAUCCAAAAUAGUCCCAUCUGGAUCUCUGUGUUCCUCCGACGUCUCGCCACCGUCCUCCCACUGUUCCUGACCCUAGCUUGGAUUUACUCGGUGGCCAUGAUAGUCAAGAGCAUUGUGAUUGAGAAGGAGGCGCGGCUAAAGGAGACUGUCAGAAUCAUGGGCCUGAAGAGCGCCAUCUAUUGGCUGAGCUGGGCAGUGUCAUGCAUUCUGCCCCUGGCUUUUAGCUCUUUUCUCCUUACUAUGAUCUUGAAGUAUGGUCUGGUGCUGCAGUACAGUGACCCGUCCUUGAUCUUCGUCUUCCUGUUGGUUUUCUGCCUGGCCACCAUCACCCAGUGCUUCUUCAUCAGCGUCUUCUUCUCCAAAGCAAACCUGGCUGCGGCGUGUGGAGGCCUCAUAUACUUCCUCCUGUACCUCCCGUACGUUCUUUGCUACACCUGGAGAGACGUCAUGGGCUUUCCACUCAAGAUAAUAGCGAGUCUGUUGUCGAGUGUGGCCUUUGGAUACGGCUGCGAGAGACUCUCCAAGUAUGAAGAACAGGGAAUCGGCAUUCAGUGGCACAACAUCGGCAUCAGUCCAGAGAAAGGGGACCGUUACAGCUUUAUUGUGUCCAUAUUUAUGAUGCUGUUUGACGCGCUGCUGCACUGGCUGCUCACCUGGUACAUCGAGAACGUCUUUCCAGGACAAUAUGGGAUCCCAAAGCCAUGGUACUUCCCAUUCACCUCGUCUUACUGGUGUGGGAGGAGCACGGCGCCUGCCACUGACCCCAGUUUAUUCAAGGACUACAGUGAACACAGCGACUACCUGGAGAAACCACCUGCCGACGAGAAAGUGGGUGUUUCCGUCCGAAAUCUUGUCAAAAUCUACAAGACCGGAAAGAAACUCGCUGUGGACGGUCUGAGCGUGGACUUCUACGAAAACCAGAUCACGUCUUUCCUGGGCCACAACGGCGCAGGCAAAACUACCACCAUGUCUAUUCUGACAGGUCUUUUUCCUCCAACUUCUGGCACCGCGCUCAUCAACGGCUACGACAUCCACUCUGACAUGGACACCAUCCGGAAAUAUUUGGGAAUGUGCCCACAACACAACGUUCUCUUCAGCGAACUAACUGUGGAGGAGCACAUUUACUUUUACGCACGGCUGAAGGGACGCAGCAAGGAUGAAGUUAAAGAGGAGAUGGAGCAGAUGAUCAAAGAUGUCGGGCUACUGCACAAGAGGAAAGAACGGGCCAAAAACUUAUCUGGUGGCAUGCAGAGAAAGCUGUCAGUGGCCAUAGCCUUUGUUGGCGGCUCAAAAAUAGUCAUCCUGGACGAGCCAACAGCUGGAGUGGACCCGUAUGCAAGAAGAGGCAUCUGGGAACUUCUGCUUAAGUAUAAAAAAGAUCGGACCAUCAUAUUGUCCACACACCACAUGGAUGAGGCUGACAUCUUGGGCGAUCGCAUUGCCAUCAUCUCCCAUGGGAAAAUGCGUUGCUGUGGCUCCUCACUUUUCCUCAAGAAGCGAUUUGGGAGCGGCUACUACUUGACUCUGGUCCAGAACGGAGCUGAGAAAAUGACCAUGCAACGGACUGGGAUGAUACAGACAACAGAGGAGGAGAAGUGUCCUUUGAGGAGCAGCAGUCCAGAUGACGGCAUUUGCAGCCAGAGCUGGGGGGGAGAUGAUCCUUCAGGCCUGACAGCGGUGAGUCAGCUGGUCCGCCGUCACGUCCCGGAGGCUGUCUUCUUAGAGAGCAUCGGUCAGGAGAUCACAUACAUCCUGCCCUACGCCGGCGCACGCAGCGGCACCUUUGGCCCGCUCUUUGGAGAACUCGACGCUGCCCUGGAUGACCUCGGCCUCAGCAGCUACGGCAUCUCCGACACCACGCUGGAGGAGAUUUUUUUGAAAGUGGCCGAGGAUUCUGGAGUGGAUGCACAAACACCGACCAAAGAGAAGGCGCCGGUACGAGACUUAAAGGGGAGUUCUCGUGAAUCCAAACGCAGAAGUGUGUCCAGCAUCCACAGUGCAACACAGAAUGGGAUCAAUGGUUUAAAAGAAAAGUUUUCCAGUAAAGUUGAAGACCUCCAGAAGCAGGGGAGCGAAGGUGGGCGUGGCUCUACGGUUAUCGGCGGGUGGAGCCUGAUCAGGAGGCAGUUCUUGGCGCUGUUCAUCAAGCGCUUCCACCACGCCCGCAGGAGCCGCAAGGGACUCAUCGCGCAGGUGGUCUUACCUGCAUUGUUCGUGUGCCUGUCUCUCAUCUUCUCCCUCAUCGUGCCUUCGUUCAGAGAUUACCCCAGUCUGGAGCUGCAGCCCUGGAUGUACGGCCAGCAAAACACAUUUUACAGCAACGACGGCCCGGAUAAUGCCGAGGUUUCUCAAGUGGUGGAUACUUUAGUGAAUAACCCUGGCUUCGGUACUCGCUGCAUGUAUGGAGAUCCAAUACCGAAGCUGCCGUGUUCCCCGGGCGCCUCAGAUUGGCUCACACCGGCCGUGGAUCAGUCGGUCAGUGACAUCUUCCUCAACGGGAACUGGAGCAUGGCUAAUCCUUCUCCCGCGUGUCAGUGCAGCACUCCUAAACGCUCCAUUAUGUUACCUGACUGUCCGCCGGGAGCUGGGGGCCUUCCUCCGCCUCAGAGAGCCCAGAACACAACCGACACCCUGCAGGACCUGACUGGCAGAAACAUGACUGAUUUUCUCCUCAAAACAUUUAAGGAUCAGGGGAAAAACAGAUUUGGAGGCAUCUCGGUCGGUGGAAUCAACUCCCAAGUACUUCUGAGUGAAGCGGAGAUCGAACUCGCCUUCGUGGAACUCAAAGACAUUCUGGGUUCAGCACAGGAUAACACGACUGACGAGAUCCUGCAGAGGGCCGAGGUUCUGAUGAAGAGGCUUGGGACCAGAGACAACGUCAAGGUGUGGUUCUAUAACCUUGCCUGGCAUGGCAUGGUGUCCUUUUUGAAUAUUGCCAACAAUGCCAUCCUGCGCGGCAAUCUUCCUCCAGGACAGGACCCUCGCAGCUACGGCAUCUCUGUGUCCAACCACCCCCUGAACCUGACCAAGGAGCAGCUCAACUUUGUGGCUUUGGCGUCCUCCGCUAAUGAUGUCGUGGUGUCAAUCUGCGUCAUCUUCGCCAUGUCCUUCAUCCCGGCCAGCUUCGUCCUCUUCCUCAUCCAGGAGCGCGUCUCAAAAGCCAAACACUUGCAGUUCGUCAGCGGAGUCAACCCUGUCAUCUACUGGCUCGCCAACUUCGUCUGGGACAUGUGCAACUACUUUGUCCCUUGCGUCAUCGUGAUUGUCAUCUUUCUGUGCUUCCAAACCAAAUCGUACGUCUCCCCACCGAACCUGCCUGCAUUAAUUCUACUGCUCAGUUUAUACGGGUGGGCCAUUACUCCCCUCAUGUACCCGGCCUCGUUCCUGUUCAGCGUCCCCAGCACGGCGUACGUUGUUCUGACCUGCGUGAACCUGUUCAUCGGGAUCAACGGCAGCAUCGCCACGUUCGUCAUGGAGCUCUUACAAAACGAUACGAUCGUUCGCAUCAACGACAUCUUGAAGCAGGUGCUGCUCAUAUUCCCGCACUUCUGUCUGGGUCGAGGGCUAAUCGACAUGGCCAAGAACCAAGCCAUGGCCACGCUCUUCGACGGAUUUGGAGAGGACCGGUUCAAAGACCCUCUGGGCUGGGACAUGGUGGGCAAGAACCUGUGUGCGAUGUCCAUCCAGGGAGUGGUUAUGUUUGCCAUCACGCUUCUCAUCCAGUAUAAGUUUUUCUGCAAACCCAGGCUUCUGAAGUGGAAUCCUCCGUCGAAAGAGGAUGAAGAUAUCGAUGUGGCGAAGGAGAGGGAAAGGAUCUGCAGCGGCAACGGGCAGGCGGACCUGUUGAGGAUCUGCGAUUUGACCAAGGUGUACUCUCGGAAGAGUCCCCCCGCUGUGGACAGGCUCUGUGUGGGCGUGCCUGCUGCUGAGUGCUUUGGUUUGUUGGGAAUCAAUGGAGCCGGCAAAACCACCACAUUCAAGAUGCUGACAGGAGACAUUCCGGUCUCAGCUGGCGAGGCCUUCCUAAACGGAUACAGCAUUCGCACAGAGAUGAGGGAGGUCCACCAGAACUUGGGCUACUGUCCUCAGUUUGACGCCAUCAACGACCUUCUCACGGGACAGGAGCACCUGGAGUUCUACGCCCGCCUCCGAGGGGUGCCUGAAAACGAAGUUACCAAGGUGGCCGAGUGGGGAAUCCAGAAGCUGGGGCUGGUCAAGUAUUCCAACAAGCCUGCAGGGACGUACAGCGGUGGCAACAAGCGCAAACUCUCCACCGCCAUGGCUUUGAUCGGAUGCCCUCCCGUCAUCUUCUUGGACGAACCGACAUCAGGCAUGGACCCGAAAGCCCGGCGCUUCCUGUGGGACUGCAUUCUGGGCAUUAUUAAAGAGGGCCGCUCGGUAAUCCUCACUUCUCACAGUAUGGAGGAGUGCGAGGCGUUGUGCACCCGGAUGGCCAUCAUGGUGAACGGACGUUUCAAGUGCCUGGGCAGCAUCCAGCAUCUGAAAAACAGGUUUGGCGAUGGCUACACUCUGAUUGUGCGCGCUCCAGCUUUGAGGCCUGUGGAGGACUUUGUUUCUCAGACCUUUAGUGGCAGCGUCCUUAAGGAGAAGCACCACAACACUCUGCAGUACCAGAUCCCACACUCCCCUGGGGCUCUUGCCAACAUCUUCAGCCAGCUCAGCGCACACCAACUCGGGCUGGCCAUCGAAGACUACUCCGUGUCCCAGACCACGCUGGACCAGGUUUUUGUGAACUUUGCCAAAAACCAACACGAAGACGCAGCUUAUGACAACGACGUGGACAUAAGUGAUGAGUUUCCUCUGGAGGCGGUGAACACAAACGGCACCAUCAAAACUCACGACUAG